UCAGUUUAUAAAAGACCUACCCAAUACCUACAUACCUGUCUUUCAUUUUGUAUUAAUUGUUUUGGAAUAAAGAUUUGAUCUGACAACCAAAUCCACUCUACCUAUCUAAUCUAUAAUGUGCAUUUGAUCGUAAAAUAAUCGUGCGGGCUCAAUAUCUUUGCCUUAUCGUAAUGUAAAGCCGUAGAUUCAGUAAAGCGUAACCAGUGAGUGGUGAUAAAUAAUUUCAGUUGAUAGUUUCAACAAAUGUGAUUCGGCGCUCGCGAUGGAGGAUUAUAAGUUUUUAUUCAAAGUGGUGCUGGUUGGUAAUGCGGGUGUUGGCAAAACAUGUCUUGUGCGAAGGUUUACCCAGGGCCUUUUCCCACCGGGCCAAGGGGCUACAAUAGGCGUUGAUUUCAUGAUCAAAACCGUAGAAGUGGACGGCGAGAAAGUGAAGCUGCAAAUAUGGGACACUGCGGGCCAAGAGAGGUUUCGUUCGAUAACGCAGAGCUACUACCGUUCUGCGCACGCGCUCAUACUUGUGUAUGACAUAUCCUGUCAGCCGACGUUUGACUGUCUACCCGACUGGUUGCGGGAGAUCGAGGAAUAUGCCAAUAAUAAGGUGCUUAGGAUAUUAGUUGGUAAUAAAACUGACAGGGAGGACCGCGAAAUCCCGCGCCACAUCGGCGAGGACUUCGCACAGCGGCACGGCAUGUACUUCCUGGAGACAUCAGCUAAGGAAGCCGAGAAUGUCGAGCGGCUAUUCAUGGAGAUCGCGGUUGAACUCAUGGAGCAAGCAAAAUGCAAGGAGCUGCCGAAAUACGAUGGCAGUUUAGGCCCGAUCAACGGUAAGACGACAUCUGUUGGCGACAGUUCCUGUUGUCUGCGCUCUUAAAUAUGACGAAUUUAACUCAUUGAUAUUACUAGCGUUAACUAUACUGUGGUGUUUCUGUACACGGUCAUUUUAGUCGAUUAUGGACAUCACUUUGAUUUGAUGCAAGUUGAUUAUUUAUAUUUUUUUUUACACUGUAUUUAAAUGGUAUCGGUUUUACUAUUUUGUUAGAAAUGGGGAUUUUACAUUAUGAGAAAGCUGUAUGGUUAAAUUGUAAUAUGAAAAUAUUACAAAGUGAUUUUUUUCUUUUGUUUAAACUUUAACGUUAAUAUAUUGGUUUAAAGAAUUUAGCGAUAAUGUGGAUAAGAGUAUGCUUUAAAUAAUAUUAAACAUAAAUGACGAUUUAUAUUUUUAAUAUUGUAAAAGGGAUUUUUAUUUUAAUUAGUUUGACUAAGACGGGUAUUGAUUCUGUCCGUUAAUUAUAAUUUUUGUUGUAUUUAUUUUUAAGGUGCAAGCAGGGAGUUGUUGAUUUGGCCCAGUGUAAAAAAUCAUACAGUAUGUCACGGCUUCUGAGGCUGACAAAGCCUUGAUCAUUUACAAGAGAUAAAUAAUAGAGCACUCAAAUACUACUCUCGCUUAAUGUGGUGCGUAUCGCGUAGACUUCAGUGGUAGACUGUAAGAAUUUUUUCACUGGUAUUACGUAGGAAUUGAAUUUUAUUAAAGGCUGAAGACAUAAGUCCAAAUAAUUAUUCAGUUUGUACCUACUUUGUGAUAUAAUUGUGUGUAUAUUGCUUGACUAACAUAUAGAUGUACUACAUGAUCUGUAUACAUAAACACCACACAGAACUGUGUAUUUCGUAGAAAAGAUCAUUCCAAUCGCUUUUAAGUGCUACAGCGCUGUCGUAACAUCGUGACGUACCUCUUAUAUAGUGCGAGGCGUUGGUCAUUUGCAAACGAGUGCUGUAAGUGUUGGUGACGUAAUAAGCAAGCCUUUACAUUUGGAUGGUAUAGAUAUGAUGUGCCCAAUUUUGUGUAAAGUAGGAUUGUAUGGGCUAAUUCGACGGCAGUGAACGAAACCCACGUAUUGUUUGUUAGUGUUAUGCGUUGUUUAGACAUGGCGAAUGACUGGGCGAAUAACUGCACGAAUAUGACUAUGGAUUGUGAAUAAAGAAUACACCUGAAUACUGUUUACAUACUCAUAUUAGUGACUAUGAGUGUUACUGUACUUGGCAAGUAGCUUAAUCCAGGGCUAGGAUAUUUGCAUUCGCUAGCAGUGGCGGCCUUAAUCGAUACUAAGCUCCGGUACAAAAAAGGUCCUGCAGCUAACCGCCAUGACCCCCCCGAGGCAAUUCUUGUGCGCUCUGACUUCACACCGAAUGCACGCCCAUGCACGGGGGGACAUUAUGUUGCGGACCUAGGCACACUAUAGGUGAUGCCUACACCCCCAUGGUUGCAAGUUCACAUGGGGAGUCUGGCAGGGACUCGUAGAACAGUUCACCUCCCUUUCCUCUCCGCCCAUCCUAGUACUUCCUCUUCCUUCCCCCACACUCCUCUCCCAUUCUUCCUUUUCCCCUUUUCCUCCUGGCCCCCGCAGUCGUUAGCCGGGGGGAACCAGUAUACCGUUCGCAGGUUCCUCCCGGUGUUGACUGCGGGAUCAGCCGCUUAAAAAAAACCGCCAUGACUGCUAACGCCCCUAGUAUAACACGAGGUCCCGGGAGUUUGCCCCCUUUGUCCACCCCUCCACAAAUACGCUAGUUAGGAAACGAUAUCCAUACACAAGCUAUAAACCCGCCAUAGUGACUCAUAUAAGAGUGGGGCUUUCCGGAAUCAGUGUAUGUCCGGUUUUGAAUAGCCAAGGGUAGAUGUGUCGGUUAACCUUAGGUUAUAAUUCGUCAGUUAAUAAUCUAUCACGACACCAUUUUCAUUGAGGUGGAGUGACAUUACAUUAUACAUACAUACAUUAUGGUAUAAAUAAAGCUGAUGAAAGGUUAGUGAGUUGUUGAGCCCAAAAAUCUAGAGGAAAA